AUGGUUUAUAGUAAAUUUUGUAGAGCAAUCGAGAGUGUUUGUGAAAUUCGUUGUCCUAUUAUUUUCAUUAGUUUUCGUUAAUAUUUAGUCAAUGUUACGUAUUGUAGUGAAAAAAUAAAUAAAACAAGAUGUAUUUUCUAUGAGUGAAAUGGCUUUUCGGGACUUUAUGGAGUUGAAGUCUUGGCUGCAAUAUUUUGAUCACUGAACGUGAAGGACUCAAAAGGAUCACCAUGGAAAAUAAACAAAUGCAGGACAAGUGGAAAGCUUUGGCUACCAUCAAAUCUUUUGAUUUAGGCAUAACUCAAAACAGUAGUCACCAGCCAGUAUUCCAUCAGAGCUUGGAGCAGAUCGAAGUAAUCAACUCUGCGGCGACCACCCCCAUCAGUCUUCUUGUCCAAUCCCUCGUCAAACAACUAUGUUCACUCCUCGAAAAAGACAACAUCAGAGCCAACCAACUGUACAAUACAAUAUGCGAAAAAUUACACAGUAUGAACCUCAUUGAUGACUCCUAUGCCAUGGGAGAGUUUGAAGCAAUGAGGAGCCAAUACCAACGUGCCUUAUACCAACUGGUCGCUGUCGCCAGCGGCUCCGAAAUCCCUAUCACUCUCCCAGCAACCUGGCCCAUAGUCCAACCAUCAGGCCUCGAGUGGUCCAGAUACCAUCGCGAAUUCGAAGAGCUGUUCUUCAUUGCUGGUGGUGGCUUCGGAAGCGUUUUCAAAGCGAAGCAUAGACUGGAUGGAGUUGAAUAUGCUGUCAAAAAAGUCUACAUAAAAUCAUCAGAUGUUGAUUCCAUUAUGACACAUUUGGCAGAAGUAAAAACUAUCGCCAGUCUCAAUCACCCCAACAUAGUGAACUACAAAGCGGCUUGGCUGGAACCAAUGAUAGAAUCGACUGUGAAGAAGAAGCGAAAAUUCAAAAUGGAUACAGACAGCGAAGAUUAUAGUAUUAACUCAAACUUGAUAUCAUCUGCUCAUCCAAACAUAAUAACGUCUUUCAAAACGCACAACUCUAAAGAGCUGGUUAACCACGAAAGUCUGUCGGAUUUUGUAAUUUCAUUCCAAAACUCGAACAGCUAUACAAGUUCUAAGGAAGAUUUGGAAGACUCUGAGUUCAUAUCUGACGAAGAAACCCCAUCGCCGCAAGAUGACAAUGCUGUAUGCAACUUAUUCUCGAGCAAAGAGUUCGAGAACUGUUCUCGAGUGAACCUAAAAUGGGCGACUCUGUACAUUCAGAUGACAUUCUGCCAACAGACGCUCAAACAGUGGUUAGAUGAUAGAAACCAGCACAUGACUGCCAGCAGGAAAGGGUCUGAAGACAUAACUCUGCAUCACUGCGACUCAUCGGAGUCUGCAUGCCUUGAAUCUCCAGAUAUGACUUAUCCAGUGGCCUGGACGCAUAUUGAUGUUCUGAUAGACAUGUUCACGCAGUUGGUGAAGGGUUUGCACUACAUACAUUCUAGAGGGAUCAUCCACCAUGAUAUAAAGCCUAGCAAUGUGUUUGUGGCUCAGAGUGAGGGUGGUGUGACUGUCCAGUUAGGUGACUUUGGACUGGCGUGUCCUCUGCAGCAAUCUCACAGCGGUUUGGCGCUGGGAACUCAUUUGUAUGCUGCACCGGAGCAGUUGGACGGGCAGUGUAAUCCUAAGAGCGACAUGUACAGCCUGGGCAUCAUUCUCCUGGAGAUGGUGGAGCCCUUCAGCACGGACAUGGAGCGCGUGAAGACCAUCACAGACCUUCGGAAAGGUCAGAUACCAGCUCAUUUGACCGCCAACUAUCCCAAGAUAGCACAUAUUAUAGGCAAACUGGUCCAAAGAAGACCGGCAAAAAGACUUGAUACUAGCCAACUAUUGGAAGAACUGAAGAAUUUAGCUGAAAAUAAGGAUGAUACUAUUAAAAAUUUAAGAGAAGAAUUAGCGGCGAAAGACGAUGAGAUUGCCCAGCUGAAACUAAUGCUGGCCAAGUUCAAUUAUAAGUCUUGAAGGCCAUGUGGGUACCAUUGUUCAUAAAUCUCAUUUUAAAUUGUGGAAAAAAUUGUCAAAAGUAUAAAGUUACAAAAAAAUUGCAAAAUGUAAUUAAAUCUACAUUUAAAAAGUGAUCUGAUUAAUUUAGUAUUUCAAUUAAAUACUUCGUGUUUGAAUAUAAUUUAGGAAACUCACAAAUAUUCACUGCCUUAGAAGAAUACAGGUAGAGGAAUGAGGGUGUUUACUGUUUGCGCCACCAGAGGCGCUAGUUUAGCUAAUGGUCUUUUGCAUAAUAGAAUAUUUGCUACUAUCAAGGCAUUAUUCAAUCAAUAUGUUGUUAUAAUACUAACUAAUAGUAGGUACCUUAUGAUAUAGGAUCACUAGCGCGUCUCCUGAGCGCAAAUUCGAAUUUUGAAAACUACUAAUGUCACACUUAUCGAUUUACUUUUGAUUUGCAUAUACUAGUAUUUUUAAUCAUGUUAAAAUAACCAUUAGUAAAUAGCCCAGGCCAUUGAUGGAUACUUUCGCAGUACUUUAUUACAAAUACUUUUUGCCCAGUGUUCUUUUAUCUUUGAUUUUUGGAAAAUUUGAGAUUUUGGAUAGUGGUUAAGUAUGCAUGCGUAUUGGAUAUGUAACGGGAUGUAUUCGAGUUGUAAAAGUGUACUUAAAAUCAGUGAUUUUGGUGUGUGUGUGUUCUAUUUAAAUAUUAAUUAUAGUAUUACGGAUUGACAA